UGAUCAGGUAAAUGUGUCGGAGGUAAUGCUAACCCAAGCAGGUCUAUGACUGUACCAUGUCUCAAUACAGUGACAGUGAUAAAAGAGAUGGUCACAUGUAUUGUCACUGAAGUAACGUCUAACAGUGACAGCAGUUUGGCAAACUGACAGUAUUCGUUAUAUACGUAGCAGCUACUGUAUAUAUAACCAAAUACAUAUUUCAUCUAACUACUAUACUGUAGCAGCUGCUGCUGCUUUACUGCUGGUGCUGCUGCACUACUACUGCUGGUGCUGUGUUUUGCCAGGUGUAUUGUACCCAAUUUUUGCUAUGCUGGCUUUGGAUUAAAAUGGUUUGCUGUUGACAACAGCCCCACAGAUGACAAAAUGGCAGUAGCUGGGCGAAGUUGGAGAAUCCUGGGGUUAUGGCGGACGUUGGUGCGUAUCCCUACGACCGUCGUGCUACAGGAAGGCAGAAGAUGCAUCUGUACGACUCCCCUUCGCUUGACAAGAUUAGCUGCCCUCACAAGAAACAAGCAUAGAAUGAUGGGACACAAGGAGCAUGGACAAAUAAUAACCAGAGCUGUGAAGCAACCACGUAGCAUUACGAGCUCAAUGUUGGGCUAUGGAGUUGAGAACAAUUACCUUGCAUGGCUCAGGAAUUGCUUCAACAUAACUGUUGUCAUAGGAUUUGUCUACGGUCACCACAUCAGCGUACCGAUAUCGGACAAAGCCAAGAAUGCUUUCUUUCUGUUGGCAUCGCUGAACAUGGUUUUUGGGACGGCCAUCUUCUUCUACAAUAGCUACAAGUUGUCGGCUACACUGCAGCUGGGAAGAGUCAUGGCAACGGUAUCGAUGGGCACUGCAACACUCAACCUAGCCGUGUGGAUAAUAGGUGUCGCUCUCUACUUGGAACUCAUUAGCCCUUCAAGUUUGCUCAAGAAACCCAGCCAACACAAUGCAGGUUGCAAAUGAAAAUAUUUUUGCAGAUGGUCCAUACGAGUUUCAGCCGAGUUGUGUAUUUUGGGGUAAUUUAAAUGUGUGUAAAUAUGUACAGUUAUUGCAAAUAUUUUCAAAUCUAUUGGUUAAUUAUGCUGUAGCAGAUUUGCUAUUGCAGAGUCAGAAGAACCUGGUCAAUUGUUGCUAAUAAUCAUGUGCCCAACCUUUUUCAUCUGCAAGGGUACACCCUAAAUGAGCAUAUUCAAUAUUUGCACAAUUUACAGUUUCUGCAUCAUCUACACAUACAUGUAAGUACUUAUUGUAAACUUUAUUGCUUGUUGUGAUGCACAGGUGUAAAUAGUGCUACAAUUAAUAAAUAAGAAAAUUUGAACAUUUAAUGGUUUCAAACAUGCCAGCUAAAUAUAUUGGAUCCUUAUAAUCGCACUAUUACAUAUAUUCAGCUCAUUCCACAACUAGUGCCACAGAGCGUGCUUUGUUGUUGCUGCUGCCACUCUGACUGCAGCUGCUACUGCAGUGAAUGCUAAUGUGUAUUCAAGUACUAUUGCAAGGCCUACCACUGUACUGCUGCGGCUUACACUGCUACUUAUUCUCACUGAGGGGGGGGGGCAUUUUAUCGAACCAUACCAUGAAAAGUACCUACAAUAUCUCAUUUUAAACACUGUUCUUUUGGCAUAUCACACAUCAAUUUAGCAAUCAAACUAAUGUCUAAUUAACUAUUGUCUCAGUACAAAAUAUCACUAUUUACACAUUAUUGUAAAGCACUAUUUCCACUAUGCUCUAAACAGAGUUCAUCAAUAUGCGAGCAUGUUUGUAUACGUAAAAGUGCUUACUGUUAUUCAUGUAAUUACACAUAUAAAUGGAUGUUUUUGAAAAACAUUCAUUACAGAACCAAGCUAUUCUGUGUAAAAUUAAUAUUUACAAUUAUUAUACAAAUAUACUGCAUACACAAUGUGUGGCAGUGUGAAAUCAAUAUCCAGCUUUACAUUUAUAUAUAUAUUAUAUAACUCAUUAAAUAUGUUGGUUGCUUGGUAGACUAAUAGAUCUAUCUGGGUUAAUUGUUACUCAACCGUGAAGAUUGAAAACUUACAGCUGACGUUUUGCCUCCUAUCAGGGGGCUUUCUCAAGACCCCGAAUAUCAACUGUGAUGAGGGGGGAUACAGACUCCUGAAAAUCGUCAGCUGUACGUUUUCAAUCUUCACGGUUGAGUAACAAUUAACCCAGAUAUAUGUAUAUGUAUAUAUAUAUAUUUAUAUAUAUAUAUAUGUGUGAAAACAUGUAUUUGUCAGUUGCAUGCUCCAGCAAGCUGUUACUGUCUUCACUGUAUUACUAUAUCCCACACACUUGUAUUCUGCUUAUCUUUUGGUAUAUGAUGAAUCAAAUCAAAUCUUCCAGCUGG